AGCAGUGGGGACACCAGGCUAGGGUCGCUAGGAAACUGCAGGAGCCAGCCACAUCAUCAGAUUUUAAUCACACUCUCUCAGUUAACUACUACUGUUGAAGAAUCUCAGAAUAUCUAUCACAAAAAAACUUUAAACAGCAACAAGUCUUCAAAAUCAGUUUUGGCUGUGUACAACAUGGGAGAUAUUAAGCAUGCCAUGAAAGGGGCUGUGCAAAAAGCCACCAAUGUUGUUUUCCAGUCAGGACACGUAUCCCGCGACAAGCGAGCGAAGACACUCGGGUCGCGUGGUGGUUUCCGUGGCUGCACGAUAUGGCUGACGGGACUCUCCGGGGCUGGGAAGACGACCAUCUCGUUUGCACUGGAGGAGUACCUGGUGAGCCAGGGCAUCCCGGCCUACAGUCUGGAUGGGGACAACAUCCGUACGGGACUCAACAAGAAUCUGGGCUUCGCGCCCGAGGACCGCGAGGAGAACAUCCGACGUAUCUCCGAGGUGGCUAAGCUGUUUGCUGAUGGGGGAAUUGUCUGCAUUACCAGCUUUAUCAGUCCAUAUUCAAAGGACCGAAGUGAGGCAAGACAUCUCCAUGAACAAGCUGGACUGAAGUUCAUCGAAUGCUACGUUAAUACCUCAAUAGAGAUCUGUGAACAACGAGACGCCAAGGGUCUCUACAAGAAGGCACGUGCUGGACAGAUCAAAGGAUUCACUGGUGUGGACUCCUCGUACGAGUCACCAGACAACCCAGAUGUGACGCUGAAGGCUGGCCAGCUGACUGUUGACGAGUGUGUACAGGAAGUUGUGCAUGCGCUCAUAGAGCACGAUAUCGUGCCCCAGAGUGCAAUAAACACUGUGAAGGAACUGUUUGUCCCAGAGAACCGCGUGGAAUCGGUCAAGGCUGAGGCAUGCUCACUGCCCUCCAUGGAGAUAAACAAGAUAGACCUACAAUGGACUCAGGUACUGGCUGAAGGGUGGGCUACUCCACUCAGUGGCUUCAUGAGAGAGAAGGAGUUUCUGCAGUGUCAGCACUUUGGAUGUCUCUUUGACGGUGGUGUGACGAACCAGUCAGUGCCGAUCGUGCUGCCGGUUCACACGAGUGACAAGGAGAAGCUGGAUGGGUGUGCCGCGUUCUCGCUGCGGUAUGACAAGAAGACCGUGGCCAUCCUGCGCAACCCGGAGUUCUACCCACACCACAAGGAGGAGCGCUGCUGUCGCCAGUUCGGAACGAACAACAAGAAACAUCCCUACGUCAAGAUGAUCCAUGAAGGUGGAGACUGGCUGGUGGGGGGAGAUCUGGAGGUUAUAGAACGUAUAUACUGGAAUGACGGUCUCGACCACUACCGACUGACGCCUAAAGAGCUACGCGCAGAAUUCAGGAAAAUCAAGGCGGAUGCUGUGUUUGCAUUUCAACUGAGGAACCCUAUACAUAACGGCCAUGCAUUGCUCAUGGCCGACACCAAGCGAAGACUGCUAGAACAAGGCUAUCAGAAACCAGUUCUACUUUUACACCCUUUAGGUGGCUGGACGAAAGACGACGAUGUUCCCCUACCGGUGAGGAUCAAACAGCAUCAAGCUAUUCUUGAGGAAGGUAUACUGGACGCAGAAUCCACAGUUCUCGCAAUAUUUCCAUCACCAAUGAUGUACGCCGGACCAACAGAGGUACAGUGGCAUGCAAAGGCACGAAUGUGUACCGGGACCAGUUUCUACAUCGUGGGCCGCGACCCAGCGGGCAUGCCACACCCAGACACAGGCAAAGAUUUGUUUGAUCCAUCACACGGAGCAAAGGUUCUAACAAUGGCUCCCGGUCUACAGCAGCUCGAGAUAGUCCCGUUCAGAGUGGCGGCAUACAACACCAAACUGAAAUGCAUGGAUUUCUAUGAUGCAGAGCGUCGGGAGGAAUUUGAUUUCAUAUCGGGCACACGAAUGCGGAAGCUGGCACGGGAAGGACAGACCCCGCCGCCAGGGUUCAUGUCACCAAAAGCUUGGGCCAUCUUGGCCAACUUCUACCAAGCACAAUCGAAUGGCAAAAGCUAAAUGGCCAUUUCGCUGCAAAGAGGGGAAUCUGUCCAGUCAAAUAAUGAAGACUAAUCUUAUAUUUCACUCUAGUUAAGACAUACAUUCUUGCCUGAUGUUGUUUCCCAUGCCGUUUGGUAACAAAUCUAAAACCAAUCAUUUUUAAUUGUGUGCUUUCCCAUUGUUGGGGUGGAAUGUACCACAAUGAUGUAGAGUAUUUUUUGGAAUAGCACUUUGUGUGACGCCCAAUAGCAAAUAUAUGUUUCAUGCUGGGCUGUCGUUAAACAUUAAGAGCCGCAUUUACAAACAGAGGAUAAUAAACCAGUUACCAGUUAAAGAAAUUUAUGUCCUGAAUGAAAUAAUUUAUAUAUUUCACAAGCUUUUAACGAGUGACAUGAAAAUUUGAUAAUGACUGGUACCGAGUUUGUUAUUCUGUUUAUUACCUCGCAUCUGUUUUUGUUUUGUUUUUAUCUAAAAGCCUUUUAUUUUGGAUAUCUAUACAUGUACAUGUAUACAGAAACAAUGUCAACCACUUUACACACUGUUCUGAAUAUUGUUAUAACUUAGUAUUUUAUUCACAUUUUACGAUUUUCAAAAACCGAUGUUCUAUUUACUUUGUUAAAAAAAAUCUAUAAUGAAUUGUGUGAAAAGAACAUUAUAUUAAAAAAUUUAACAUUGAAAACAAAGAUGCAUAAAUGCAAACUCUUUUUGAUCUCUGUGAGGUCAUUAUGCGUGUGUGUAUGGCAAAUCAUACAACAAUUUGUACAUUACACCAAUGCAUGAUAAUUUCGCCCCCCCCCCCCCCCCCCCCCAGUUUCAGGUAGCCACUGGGGCAAUAAAAAGGUAUUGAUUCUUUAGUAUACCUUUCCUAAAAAGCCUGUAUAUUUAACAUGUUAUGACAACCACUGAUGUUUAGCCACAUCAGGUGUCUAACAGGAAUGUUUUAAGACUUAAGUGAAUCUGAAAUAAACAUUGGUGAUGAUUGUACCUUGUAAACGUGCCUCUCAUUUAUUAUUUCUGGUUGGAAUGGGAAAUAUUUGAGCCUACUGAGGAGGAUAUUCUGUGACUCGUCAUACCUCAUAGGCUGCUGUCCCGAUGUGGAAUGUGGACAAAUUGUAACACAGGGCAUAGCUGUAAGAAUGUGGUGAAAUGCAAGAUGACGACAUUAUUAUUUGAUUGUUGAUUAGUGGUAUUAGUAACUCGUGGUAGCUGGAACUUUUAACUUUUUAUUAAAGAUCAUAGUUGGAGGAAUCUUAAAAUAUCUCAAACUUCCACUUGUUCAAAUUUG